CAUUACGAUUUCUUGGAAAUCCAAGAUGAUGAGGUUUUACGAUACUGUGGAGACUACAGGUCAAAAUUAAAGCUACUCAGACGAUUGAGUAUAACCAACGAAAUAAGGUUAAAGUUUCUUUCUGAUUUCUCUUACUCAAAGAAAGGGUUUAGAGCGGAGGUUCGUCUUUGGAACAGUAAAAAAGAUAGUGUAUCUUCUGAAAUACUGUGCGGAAACAGAAUAUUUCACCUUUACGACCACCAAUGUUUCCUGCUAGUUUCUUACCCAGAAGUCAGCUGGUACACUGCUCAUCAGAUAUGUGGUGGAUCUGAAGCGAGUUUAGCUACUUUUCACAAACAAGAAGAGAUACAUUUUGUAAAUCAGCUCAUCCAAUCUACUGAAAUCUUCAUGUCAGGAUCGCUGUACUGGAUAGGUGCAACUAAGGAAGUAGGAACAAAGAAUUGGCACUGGAUUGAUGGACUGCAGAUCAACCAAUCAGAGCUAAUAGAAACUAUCGAAAACAUCACCCCUGAAAGUAGUAGUGGGUGUCUCGCUCUACGGUGGCGAACCUGGAACAAUAUAAGCGACCUCUACUGGACUCCAAGCACAUGUCACCAGCCUGGCAGAUAUAUUUGUAAAAAGAGUGCUGUGGUUCUCCCACAAAAUCUAAACCAAACAUUCCAAGGGUCGUAUGGAAUCAUUUCUUCGGUAAACUUUCCUCAGCACUACCCCAACAAUCUGAAGUAUACGCUCACUAUUAAAGGCAGACCUUUCACCCGUAUCUACAUCAGUUUUACUCAUUUGAUACUGGAAGAGCAAGACCUGUGUAUGUACGACUAUAUAUCCCUACAGAGUGACCUGAAUGGUCCUGAAACCCGUUUCUGUGGACAACAUCAGAAUGAUCUAGAUAAAUUUAUUUUCUUUUCUGACAACAGCACAGCUUUCCUGACUUUUCGAUCAGACUACUCCGUCACGGCCACUGGGUUCCAGGCUACUUGGAAAGCUGUUGAUAUUAGUGCUUGUCUAGAAAUACAACAUAUAACUGUAACACAUAAAACAAUUUAUAUUAGCAAUAAUUAUCCAGAAGGUUAUCUUCCCAAUCUUCACUGCGUAGCUCAGUUUCGAGCUCCACGAAAAAAAAUCCUUUUGACAUUCUUCGAUAUCGACGUGGGAAUUUCAGAAGGAAGUACUAGCUGUAAACGAGAUUACGUGAAAGUUACCUUGGAAUCAGGACGAUUUCCGAGAUCCAUAGUUCUGUGUGGCAACACUAGCGUUUUCCCACCAGGAUACCAGGUCUUGUCUUAUGACAGCAAUCUAACUUUGGAGUUGUUCACAAGCAGACAUGGAGGAAGAGGAUUUAACGUAACCCUUGAAAUGUGGAAUGGCUACCAAGUAGAAACAGUGUUAAAUUUCAACAACAUGGUAAAAGGAAUGUUACAGAGUAUGAACUAUCCGCAUAGCCCGCCAGAGAGUGUUAACUACACACAACAGAUAGUUACUCCUAUAGGAACCUAUAUAAUCUUAUAUUUUUCUAAAACCUUCUGGAAUGAAGGAAGUUGUGAUGAGAAUUUCGUUACCGUACGUGACGUGUAUCAGGAAAGCAACUACUUGCGGACACUCUGUGCUGAAAGUAACGCUGUCGAAAAAUCCAUUGACAUAGAGUUCCAGUCGCUUUUUCAUUCCAUUCAUCUGAGUUUUUGGACAUCUAACAAGUAUAAGAAACGGAGUCCCUUCACCAUCGCAUUUAAAGUAGUUUCAGAUUUGCUCUUUCUCAACAAAUCUCUAGGACUAAAUACCUCACAUUCACUGGAUGGGUGUUUCUGUGAGAAUGGUGGUUCAUGUUCAGCACAUCCUGAAGGAGGGUUUCAGUGCAAAUGCACAAGUAAUUUUACUGGUUUGUUUUGCCACAUUCCCUGGUGCACCUUAAAUCCGUGUGGUGACUACGGAACGUGUAACAUUAUUGAACAUGGCUAUAGAUGCAACUGUUAUGAAGGUUACACGGGUGACCACUGCGACCAGUUUGUGACUCCAUGCGACCCUAGUCCUUGUGGUCAGCAUGGUGAUUGUUCAGUUGUAAAUAAUACAACCCAUUGUCGUUGCCACGCUAUGUAUGAAGGGCCUCGCUGUUCUCAGUACGUGAUUCGGAUUACUUACAAACCUUUAAGUCAGCGAAUGUUGGAGGAACCAUUUUGGUUAGGCUUAAUUACUGUUAGCGCCGUCUUAUUAGUUAUCCUGCUGGUCUACUGCAUCAAACGAAAGUUUGCAGAGAAGAUUGAAAAAUUCUUUGCUGAAGAAAUAGAAAGAAGUAAAAAUA